AUGGCUGAAGUGAAUUACACGGCCGGCACUUCCAGUGCUGAAGACGAGGCAUUACAGGCAUUGGACGCCUCCGUAGAAAUCGUCGACCCGAAGAUAGCCAGCAGUUCCCACUCUAAUGGACAGGAAGUUGACGAUAAAGAAGAGAAGGAAAAGGAGUCGAACCGCCCUUCAGGCGCGGACUGGAAACAACAAAGAUUACCGGCCUGGCAGCCAAUCCUAACGGCCGACACAGUAUUGCCCGCAUUCUUCCUGUUAGGCAUCGCUCUAAUACCGAUCGGAAUCGGACUCCUUCUCUCAUCUAAUUCCGUCCAAGAAAUUAGUUAUGAUUACACGGAUUGCAAAGCUCAUGGAUCAUCCAGUAAAUGUAUGGAUCUGAUCAAAAAUCCUAGAAAGAGAUCCAAGUGCGAGUGUCAAAUCAAUAUAACACUCUCUGAGGAUUUUAAGGCUCCGGUAUUCUUCUACUAUGGACUCAAUGGUUACUAUCAGAACCACAGACGGUAUGCCAAGUCUCGGGACGACUCGCAACUGACGGGAAAGAACCCGAGGGCCAAAGCCGAAGAUUUGAGUGCAGAUUGUGAUCCAUAUCGUAAGGAUGUAAACGGUCGGACAAUAGUGCCGUGCGGUGCCAUCGCUAACUCACUAUUCAACGACACUUUUAGACUAUAUUAUGAGACCGAUGAUCACAUGUGGGAACCGGUAGAUUUGGUGCAAACACAUAUCGCGUGGCCCACAGACAAGAGAUAUAAAUUUAAUAAUCCUAAAGAAUGGGAUCCGGGAAUGGGACACCCGCCUUAUUGGACAAAAAACAUCGAUGACCUAGAUCACACCAAUCCAAGCAAUAAUGGCUUCGAUAACGAGCACCUUAUGGUUUGGAUGCGAACGGCAGCCCUUCCUACGUUCCGAAAGCUAUGGGCGCGUAUAGAUCACGACCAGAAUAUUCUGUGGAGGAUUUCAUUACCCAAAAGGAAAUAUCAGCUGAAAAUACAAUACAAUUAUCCCGUAGUGUUUGACAAAUAUAAUGCCGAUAAAUACAUCUAUAUUUCUAACACUUCAUGGCUUGGGGGCAAAAAUCCAUUUCUAGGCUAUGCCUAUAUAGUUACCGGUGCCAUUUGCUUAAUAUUAUGGGUAUUAUUCCUUAUAUUAGUCAGAAAAUAUGGACAAAAACCCAAAGAUAUUGUGGACAUCGGACCCAAAACUAAAUAUGAGUUUAAAAAAUCAAAACCAGUAGAUUCUGGCGAUGAAUCCACACAACCAUUGAGAACAACUACCGUUACAUUCAGUCAGAGUUAA